AUGACAUGCACAAAGACACAAGUGUCCGACCCAACAAGUGAUUUUUAAACAUCCAAAGUAUGCUUAUAGUCCAAUUAUUCCACAGGUUAUCAAUUUUUGUGAUGACGUACAAUUAGGCCAGUCAUUUGUAACGAGCUAAUCUAUCGGAUAGUGCUUUUGUUUGCGUACUCAAGCCUGUAAAGCUGCCGGAUCAGUUUUGCCAGCUACUAGCUAUUGUAGCAACAAUGCGUCUUUUGGCCGAGCUGCUUCAAAGCGUUCUUGUGGGCUUAACAGUUGUAAAAUGUACAAUUCUCGUUGGCCUUUUGAGAAUCGCCUCCUCACUUCCUUUCCUGAAGGAAAGACUCCAAGAGUACGAGGAAAAGCAUAAUCUAGUCCCUUACCAAAACUUCUGGGACAAUUACGGUGGGAAACAAAUGCUUGCAGUUGUUUUAAAAAUUUUUCUCGGGGAUUUAAAGAAGACCGCUGUACUCGGUUCGUCCGCCCCAAACUGCAAGUUAGUCACCACAGACGGAAAACCUUGUAAGCUACUGGAUUUCGCACGAGGAACUCGGCCUCUGAUUGUUAACUUUGGCAGUCGCAGCUGACCACCUUUCUUGUUUAAUUUCCUGAACAACUUCACGAACGUUGUUCAGGGAUUUCAAGAUAUGGCAGACUUUGUUAUCGUGUACAUCUGCGAAGCACAUCCUACAGAUGAAUGGCGGUGGAAUGUAAGUUUUUGUUUGUUUGUUUCUUCAGUUUAUUACGUAAUCGAUACGUAAGAAUUCUUUAACAGUGUUUCCGUAGCGGCCUUUUUCAAGGAGUAAAACAAUGAUGAAAAUAUUUGCAUGAGAUUGGAAAAUAAUUUCCUAAAAGGAAAUGGUUUAGUCCUGGCUUACCGUGGCCGCGUGGCCGCUGCGAAAACAAUUCUAUAAUCUGGUCUUUGAAUAGUGCUUAUACUUGACACGUUAUCUUUAAUUGCCAAAUCUGCUCUUAAGAAUGAAAGACGUAAUUUCAGCAAAAAAAAUCCUUAAAACUUAAGGAUAAAUAUGGUUAAUUGACACUUAAAAGUCGUGAAAUUCCAGUCCUUCACUUAUAAAUAUAAUUACAACGUAAAUAGAGAAGCUAUGAGAAGAACUUAGAACAGUGAAUUAUACCUUAAAAUAUACUUUAAUUCUAGAGGAUCCAUGACCAACUAUGGUCACUGCUAAGAAAUGAAUUAAAAGGGCAAUUCUUUGGUGUCUUCGUUUCUCUUUAGCCCUUGAGGGUCAAUGCGACAUCUUUGGAAUCAUAUACGGCAAUCUCAGCACAAUUUUAGUUUCCCAGUAAAUAACUCAAUAGAUAUAUUUGGGAUGACAAUAGAUAAUAGGCUCUCUUUUGAUAACCACGUAUCAGUUAUCUGUAAGAAAAUAAAUAAUCAAUUUAACGUCAUGCUUAGAUUUCGGAAACUUAUUAAUAAGGAGACGCUAUUGAAGCUUUAUAAAGCCUUUAUUUUGCCACAUUUUUACUACUAUUCUUCUGCGUGGCAUUUCUGUGGUGCGCGCAACGCCGAUAAAGUGGAUAACCUAAAUAAGCGCAUUCUUAGGUUUAUACUACAGGACUACAGCUCUCCAUAUGACAUUUUACUGAGCAAAGUUAACAUGAAAUCUCUAUUCAUUAGACGCCUCAAGAACGUCAUGAUCACAUUAUAUAAGAGUCUGUUCUUUACGAAUUAUCCAGGUUAUUUAAAAGAUAUGUUCACCGUACGGUCUUCAUCCUACAAUUUGCGCGGAAAUCAUAUCCUGGCCCUUCCCAACCCAAAAACAUCGACUUACGGUCUGCACUCUUUUUCAUACUUAGCUAGCAAAAUAUGGAACUCUCUCCCAGACACGUACAAAACAUUAAAUUUUCUAGAAUUCAAGCAGGAGAUCCUCAGAUAUGAAGCUUUUCCACAGUAGAUUUACAAGUUAUAUUUCCCUUUGCAUGCAUAAUGUUGUAUAUAGUUUAUAAAUAAUAUUGGAAUUGUAAUAUAGCAUAUUUUAUUUUAUUUUAACUUAUUUUCUCGAAUACAUCAGCUCUAUAGCUACUCUAUAAAUUUCGAGCAUAAAUAAAGUAUAUUUGUGACAUUUCUACCAUUUUCAUAUAUUUUCCUUUCUGGCCUUUUUUACAGAACAACGUUGAGAUCUUGCAGCACAGAACUUUACAAGAGCGUUGUCAGGCAGCUGAAAUGUUAAAAAAAACCAGUGGAUGCUCGACUCCAAUCUUGGUUGAUACUAUGGAUAACGAAGCCACUGAAGCGUAUGGUGCCUACCCGGAGAGACUCUUCAUUAUACAAGAUAGAAAAAUCGUGUACGAGGGAGGAACAGGGCCGCAUAACUAUAAGUUAGGGGAGGUAAAAAAAUGGCUAGCGGUGUAUAAAGCUAGUCGAUAG